UUUAAUUCCAUCCGCCACCAGAAAAAUAGGGAAAGAAAAGUCAAACAACAUACAAAAUAGACAUAUGCCAUGUCAUUUUUCUGCCAAAAACUAUUUUAUUUUUCACUUUAUAGACACAAUUUUCUAUAAAAUAUAUCAAACCAAGUGCUAACCAAUUGAAAAUGCCAUCGAAAAAGAAAAAAUACAAUGCUCGAUUUCCGGCGGGAAGAAUAAAAAAGAUAAUGCAGAGUGACGAGGAAAUUGGAAAAGUGGCGCAAGCAGUUCCAGUUAUAAUCUCUAGAACAUUGGAGCUCUUUGUGGAAUCAUUGCUAACGAAGACAUUAAAAAUUACCAAUUCACGCAAUGCCAAAACACUAUCACCCUCCCACAUGAAACAAUGCAUUAUGGCUGAAAAUCGCUUUGAUUUUCUGCGUGAACUAGUAAAAAAUAUCCCAGACAUAAGUGUAGCCGAAGAAGCAGUAAGCAAUGAUAGCUCACCAGAAGCCACUACAAUCGAUCCAUCGGAUAUGCCGUAUGAUUUAAGUAUGCCAUCCACAAGCAACUGCAACGCGGCCGCCGAGAUAAUACAAAAAAUACACCCAACCAAUGGCGGUGGAGGCGCUUCGUGUGUAAUACGAAAUAAUGGGGUAACAAGAAGUUGUGGAACAACAGUGGUGGCAAAUACGUUCAAAUCAACUCCGCCAGGGUUAAAUAAUAAUUGUACUGCCUCUGAAGAGAACCGAGAUAAGUUGAAACGCCAAUGGGAUGCUAUUGGGCGUAGUAUUAGUCAAAUACAAGACAAACAACCUGUAAGCACGCCACCAAAACUCCAUCGAACAGAUUCAGCUCCAGCAGCAAUAGCACGAGCCCAACAACAAUUUUCAACAACAAAAACAUCAGUAAAAGUCCAGCAAAAUCAACAACAACAGGAACAAGAACAUCACGACCAACCAAAUCAACAAACUCUACCAACAGAUCUCCGCCGUCUAAGACACCAAGCUAAAUCUGUACCAGGAAAUAAUUGUACAGAUACGACAGCACCAACAACCAAAGCAGAGUCGUACAUAAAUCAAACAAACAAACCGGUCAUCCCUGCGCCCAUUGUCAGCAUCGACUUCUGCAAUAAGCCAGUUAUUAAAAUAGAUUAUAGUAAUUUAGCUUUACAUACCAACAUUUCAGACACUAAUUAUUCAGAGUCACUAUCUUCUUCAUCGUCCUCACCGACCGUAGAACAACCUAAUAAGAGUGUUAUUGAUAAAGCACUAGCCAAGCUUCAAACGCCGACCAUAACAGCACCUGAGAGUCCAGUCAUAAAUAUAGAUCUUUCCAAUAUAGUAACAAGUGGAACGUUCACAACGUCUACACUACCCAGUGUAAUAAGUCCGGUUUCAUUACCAACAACGUCACCAAUUGCAGCAUCAGCAGCAGUCACAACAAAUAAAAACUCAUAUUUAGAAUUGGACGAAGAUUAUGACAAUAUUUAAAGAUAAGUUCAUGAAAAAUUUUAAAUUAAAUAAAUAAAAAAACGAAAAACUUAAAAUGAUGCAUAAUCAUUAUUUUUCAUAAAAAUAAUUAAUUAUAUUAUUGUAAUUAAAAGAAAUUAAGAAAUUAAAGUAAAAAAAAAAACAAAAGAAAAAAAAAAGAGCCUUGUAAAAAUGUUCGAUGAAACAAUAAUUGAAAGUUGUUGUUAAGAUCGUUUAAAACAAAUAAAGAAAUAGAAAUUAAA